AUGCCUGAAGCUGCAGCUGCCGACUCUCCCAUACACUCGGAUGCGUCUAGCGACGCCUCGGACAAUGACUCGCAGCACGAGCAUGCCUCUGGCGAAAAAUCUGGCAAGAACUACUCUAUCAAGGACAAGGAAUGCCCGUACUGCCGCCAGAAAUUCACAUCCUCGUCUCUAGGUCGCCAUUUGGACCAGUAUAUACACAAGAAGAAGCCAGAUGGUAUACAUAAUGUAGACGAAAUCCGCAGACUUCGAGGUACUAUCACCCGCCGCACAGCAAGAAAUAGCAAGAAGAAUGGCUCAGGCGACAGACCCUCUACUGGCAACGGCUCUGGUCGCCCCUCGCCUGCACCACUGCCGCCAUCGCACCUCAUCGAGGUCCCCGCCGACAUCAAUGCUGUCCCUACCAGCGGCGUCCAGAGCUCGAUCAACCGCUUGACAUGGCACUCAACCGGUGUCAUCACCGACCCUGCGUCCAUUGACCCAUCGCCGUCCAGUACGACCACGCACGCGAACACUCUCCCCCUCCCCAACACCACCCAUGGCUCUCCCUCCCGCAAGCGCAACUUCAGCACCUACACCUCCGACCUAACCACGAACUCCACCUCCCCCACCGCCCUCGCCGACACCGCCCGCGCCCUCGAGCUCUCCCUCCGCGAAGUCCUCGACAGCCUCCGCGCCGCCACCAAACACGUCGCCACCCCACCAUCUCCCUUCGACUUCGACCUCCCCUCCCAGACGUACCCGUCCCUCAUCCUCCAACUCCUCCCCGUCCCACCAACCCUCAACCAAACCGCCCCCUUCAGCACAAUCCAAUCCGUCCCCUUCGGCCCGCCCGGCCCAGACCAACUCACACCCCUCCGCAACCGCCUAACCUACAACAUCGACCGCUGGAAAUGGUCCGCCCUCCGCCUCGCGCAGCGCACCACCUCCAACAUCGCCGACGAGGCUCCUUCCUCUCCUCCCAAGCCGACUCGUACACCUCCUCCGCCCUCCAACACCUCAACACCAGCUACGAAAACUGGAUACCGUCGCGCAGAGAUCGAAGAAAAGAUGGAAACACUCGAGCAAGAAGCCUCCCAGCUCAAACAACAAGUCGAGUACCUCUCCCGCUGCCAAUGGCCGCGCGAAAUGGCUCUAUGGCCACCCGAACGCACAACCUACAACAGGAAGAUGCGCGACGAGAUCCGCCUCAUCAACCUCCAGCGUCCUACACAAUCCGUCCUCCGCCAGUCCGCCAGUCGGCCGGACACGCACGGCCCGUCCUUUGGAUUGAACGAGCAGCCCUACACCGCCGCGCAGAACACCCACACUACCUACGACGUACACGACGUCGAAGACGACGACGGGGAUGCACCCGGGAUGGCUACGGAGAACGUGAAUACGCGCGGCGACAAGUGGGAUUUCGACAAGCUAGUCAAUAAGUGGCGUAGUCAUGUUAAGGAGGAUCGAAGCAGGAGGGCGCCGUUUACGAGUGCGACGCACCAUUCGGCGAGCUAUCCUGGGGCAGCGGGGAUUGCGAAUGGAGCAAGGACGGCGAGUCCGUUGCAGGCGGUCGACCCAGGCAGGGGUGUUGGUGAUGGCAGUCCUGUCGUGGCUGCUGCGGGAGGAAGUGGAACGGGAAGUGGGAACGCAGAGAUGGAUGGGCUGGGUAUUGCGCCGCCGGGCCACGCAAACCUGCGGCGAGACAAGCCAUUGUUUGGCAAGGGCAAUGAUGUGAGAAUCGUUAGUGAUUGGUGA